CUUCCUUUCGCUUCCGCCUCCCUCCUUCCCCGCCCCUUGUCCUCUUCCCACCCCCCUCCGGAAUCUGGCCGCGCACCUACUUGUCGCCCGCGCCCUCGCUGGCUUUCCCGUCUCCUCUUUCUUUAUCCUGCGGGCGGGGCGGGUGGGGGUGGGCGUUCCUUGUUCUUGGAUCAAGGAAAAGGGGAGGGGAAAAAAACGGGCUUUAUUUCUGCGACCGGCGGUUAGCCUGUCGCUCGCUGGCUCACACUCAAGCGGCUCAUCCGCGCCUUCUUGGUUUGUGGCCCAGCGAUUGCGGAGCUUGAGCCUCUCUUCUUGGGAGUCCCGGGUUACUUCGAGGGGAUUGGGGGGGAAAGGAUGAUCGCCGGUUAUCUUAGCAGGUUUUGAUAAAACUGUGAGUCCCUUUGUUGAUUGAAUUCGUAAUUAAUCGCAAGCUCAAGGAUCGAUGUCCGUGAUUCUUCAUUCUCUUAGUUUGAAUUGUUGAGAACAUACUGGGUUCGUAACUUUUUGGCGCUUUCAUCCUUCCACUCUCCCUAAGGCUAAAGGAAAUCUGAUCAUCACAUAAGGUCGAGAUCAUGAGUUGGUUAAAUAAAAUUUUCAAGGGUUCAGUAAACAAUAGAGUUUCAAGGGGUCACUAUGAUGGAGACUGGCAUGAAGGCCAUUCAUCUGAUUACAACAGAGAUACUUAUGGUGACAGUGAUAAUGAGGAUAUAGAUCGUGCUAUUGCAUUAUCGCUAGCAGAGGAAGAUCAAAAUAAGGGAAAAGCAGCUAUUGAUACUCACUAUGAUUUGGAGGAAGACGAACAACUUGCAAGAGCGCUGCAGGAGAGCCUGAAUGCCGAGUCUCCUCCUCGACAGAAUGUUCCUGUUGAGAAUGUGCCUCCUCGACGGAAUGUUCCUAUUGAGGAUGUUCCUCCUCAACAGUAUGUUCCAGCAAAGGAGCCACCUCCACAUGUUUACCCAGGAAGUGGAUUCAGGACCUGUGCUGGAUGCCAUAACCCAAUUGGCCAUGGCCGUUUCCUUAGUUGUAUGGGUUCAGUUUGGCAUCCCGACUGCUUCAGAUGUUUUGCUUGCAACAAGCCCAUAUCCGAGUAUGAGUUUGCUAUGCAUGAUGAUCAGCCGUACCACAGAUCCUGCUACAAAGAGUUUUUUCAUCCAAAAUGUGAUGUUUGUGACAACUUUAUUCCAACGAAUAGAGAUGGCCUCAUCGAAUACCGAGCACAUCCUUUCUGGAUGCAGAAGUACUGUCCUUCCCAUGAAGAUGAUGGCACUCCUAGGUGCUGCAGUUGUGAACGAAUGGAGCCUAGGGAGAUCAAGUACAUAACAUUAGAUGAUGGGAGGAAACUCUGCUUGGAAUGCCUAAAUUCUUCGAUAAUGGAUACUCCAGAAUGUCAACACCUUUACAUGGAUAUUCAAGAAUUUUUUGAAGGAUUGAACAUGAAAGUAGAACAGCAAAUUCCAUUACUUUUGGUUGAGAGACAGGCUCUGAAUGAAGCAUUGGAGGCUGAGAAAAAUGGGCACCACCUACCCGAAACCAGAGGUCUAUGUCUUUCUGAAGAGCAAAUUGUCAGAACGAUCCUAAAAAGACCACAGAUCGGGCCAGGAAACAGAAUCCUAGAUAUGAUUACAGGACCAUACAAGCUGUCUCGGCGGUGUGAAGUGACUGCAAUCCUUAUAUUAUAUGGUCUACCAAGAUUACAAACUGGUUCCAUUCUAGCCCACGAGAUGAUGCAUGCAUAUCUUCGUCUGAAAGGAUUCCGAAAUCUUAGUAUGGCGGUUGAAGAGGGCAUCUGCCAAGUUCUGUCCCACCUGUGGCUAGAGUCAGAAAUCAUCGCUGGUUCUAGUAGCAACGUCGCAUCCAGCUCAGCAGCAUCGUCGUCGUCUUCGUCAUCUUCAGCUCCUACCUCUUCCAAGAAGGGCGCAAAGACCGAAUUCGAGAAGAAGCUCGGGGCAUUCAUCAAGAACCAGAUCGAGACGGAUUCUUCGGAGGCGUAUGGAGAUGGGUUCAGAGCUGGCUAUCCGGCUGUCGAGCGCUACGGUUUGAGAAGAACCCUCGAUCAUAUUAAGCUGACAGGGUCUUUCCCCUAUUGAAGCAGCGGAAGUAAAGGAGGGGCCCAUUCUUCGACUUGCGAGGAUGCUGCACAUUGGCGGAUUUUGGUUUGAAACUUUGAAUUAUACAUAUACAUACCAAAGGAGGGAAACAUGUUGGGUACUUGAUUGCAAAUAAUACAUGUAAGUCUUCGGAUAAGGAAAUUCUGUAGUUGUUUCUCGUCACAGCGGACACAUAAGAUGAAGCAAUGAGGAACUGUGUCUUUGCUCAGUUCUGCAGUUCCCUUUUACAGAA